UUUAUGUUUAAAAAUAUUGUUACUUUAUGGUAGUUAUAACAAUUAAGUCUAUGUUAAGAAUUCUACAUCGCUUCUACACAUUCAAGAGUGCAAUUCGAUAUGCAAUAUUUGAAUCAAUGAUUAUUUCGCUUGCUAACUUUUGUGGAAAUGUCCUAUGAUUUUUCAUAUUUAACCUUCUUGUAUAUUUGUAAUUGAAAAGAUCACAUAAAUGUUUACUGCAACUGGUUAUGUUUCUUAUCUUUGUUUGAAGAGAUCAUGGUUCAAAUCUCAUUACCGAUGUAUUUUUUCUGUAAAUAAGAAAAUAAUAAAUGACUGUAAAGACGAAUCUAUACCUCCUACUUUCGCUCCAGAUGCAGGAAAUUAGAAAUGAAACUUCAAGUUUUCUCAUUUGGCUUUUAUUUAUUGUGUAGAGGUGUUGGCAGAAGUUUGAUUUUGGAGUUUCUAUUUUUAUGUUACAAAAAGAAUAUUUUUUUUACUUUUUCGUAAAAAUUGGGUUAAAAAAAUGUUUGAUCCAACUUCAAUUUUAUAGAACAAAAACAUUUCUAAAAAUUAGGCUCGAUAUAAACUAUAAUUUGUAAAAAAAAAAAAAAACUUGUUGAAUAGCGACAUAAAUUUAUUGACAUGAAGUGCUUGCAUGUCCCAAUAAUAAAAAUCUGGAGAGUAGCCUGUGUCGGUGUUGGGAGAGGUGUUCAUUGAGUGCGGUUACGGUGCUAAUUGUACAAUAGUUAGCACCGUCCUAACCAAGGGAAAAACUAUUACUAGUUUGAAUUAGUAGUGAUUUAGUUUAGAUGUUGUAUUGAUUUUAUAAUAAUCCGUAGUGAUUUCAUUAUUUUUAGUAGCGUUUUUUACUAGUUAUCACGGUAUUAAUCCCUAUAAGGGUUAGCACCUAAUCCCAUCCCGUGUGAUUCUCAUUUUCCGGCUUUUUGGCAAGGUCCAAUAAUUGAUACCUAACCUUGCUAACAGGUUGAAAGCUGGGUUGUUGGUUCUGGUUGCGGAUCGGUGGUUGGUUGGACUUGGGCCUUAAAUUAUUAUUGACUAAUUCAACUUCUGGGCAGCUGCGCAUGCAAUGCAAAUCCCGCGUCAUUUCUUUUUGUUUAACGGAGACCGAUCGAGAAACACGUGCAGAAAUCCAGUGUUGUCAAAACAAAAACAAAAACGUGCAGAAAUCCAAAUUGACCGCCUCCCCUUUAUUCUUUGUACCUAAUAAAACAUAUAACAUAGUACUAGGAAUGGGUGUGAUUAUCAAUUAAUUUUUUAUUAUAAUUAAUAAUUACACCAUAGUUUUCUGCUUAUCAUCUCAAUCAUGCUUGCCACCUUAAAUAGUGGCUAGUGGUGGUGGAGUUCCCACUUCCAAGUUCCAACUACUCAAAAAAACCCAACCCUACCAAUUGAACCAACCAACACAUAAAGAAAAAGAAGGAAGAAGAAGGAAACAUGUUGCCAGCAACAGCAAGUAGGAUCAGGACUCCAUUUGUUGUUGCCGUCGCCGGGCUUCAUGAUGAUCAUCAUCAUGUGGAGAAGGAGAACUACUCCGGCGGCAGGCCCAGAUCCGGCGGUUUUUCUUCACUAGGCCAUCUCUCCAAGAGCCAGCUGAUCACUUCCUCCUCGUCGGUGAAACGCUCACUCCUCUCUUCACGCGUUGUUGUCCGGAGUGCCGGCGUUGACCCCGUGGCGGGAACAGACGCCGUCGUUGCUCUCCCCGCGGCUGGGAUCUCCCUCCCCUUUGAUCUUCUUCACGAUUCCCAAUGGCAACUAUGGCUUCUAGGUGCGGUGGCGAGUUUCGUUAUACCAUUGGUAACCGGCAAGUUGGGCCCCCUGGGAAAGUUAUUCGAUAAGUUUGAUGCGGCGGUGGACACGGCACAGGGAGUGGCGGACAUGGUGGACGACGUGGCGGAGAAGGUGGAGGAGGUGGUCGACGAUAUUGGGAACAGCCUUCCGGCGGGUGCUCUCAAAGACGCACUCGAGUAUGUGGAGAAUUUGGCAGAUCAGACCGAAAAGGUUGCUGAAUAUACCGCCGAUCUUCUUGAUAAGGUGGAAGAAGUGGGAGAUAAGGUAGAAGAAUUUGCGGAGUCGACGAUCGCCAACAAACCCACUUCCACUACAACUGAGGUGGUUCCAGAAGAAGUGAAAGCUGAGAUGUAAUACAUUCUUGUUCAUUCUGCGGAACUAUUAGUUAUUAGUAUAUAAAACUACAAGUCUUUUUUGUUUGCUUGUAUGUUGUACCCCAAUGUUGUUAAACCUCUAUCGAACUCUCCGUUGUACCUGGUCUGAUCUGAUUUGGGCUUCAAAAUAGUCUCUAGAAAGUCCCUCAAUCCGACCGUUAAAGAGGGAGAAGAAGAGAAGGGGAAGAGAGGAAGAUGGAGAUGGUGGGUGGGUCAUGGAGGUUAGAGGGAUUUAUUUUUCUGAAAAUAACUUUUUAAUAGAAACAUGUAAGAUAAAUUUCAUUUCAGUCAUUAAAUCUUUAUUUACAAUCUUAUUUGUAUAUAUAUUUAGAAAACUUCUAAAAUGGCCCAAACUGCCUGGACUCCAAUCAGACCAUUAAAACUUAAAUCCCUUACUUAACCGACUCAAUGACUUAAAACGGUUUUACAAUCUUGUUGUACCCACUCCACCUAGCUAGCCAGGAGUAGCACUUCCAGUAAUAUUUAUUAUUAUUAAGUAAACUUUAAAAGAACAUCUCUACAGGCUACUAUUCCUCAUAGUCCCAUCCCGUCCAACUUUUUUGGUGAGAUUUUACAAAUUUUGGGUGUUUGUUCUGAUUUCUAGCCUUUUAGUUAUCUUUUCACAAACUUUGGGUGCAUGUUUGGGGAAGUACUUGAUGCUUUGUUUUUCGUCUGUAUCUCUCGUCUUUUGCUCUAUUCGUUUUUCAUCUCACCUCAAUCAGCAGAGUUGCAUCUUCUUCUCCCUCCUCUAUGUUCUUGAAUCAUACACAGAAAUGACAUCCUUUUGCACACCUUUCGCUUCAAUGUCACUCUUUGUCAUCUCUCCAUUUAAUCUCAUUCUUUCUGUUAAUUAAUCGCACGCAGAAAAAGCCAACUUUCAUACGAUAACCUUUCGUCGUCCUUUUCUGUUGUCUCUCCAUCAUGAAUGCCUUACAGUUGUUGUCCAAUCAGGGUGUGGGAACUUGUUCCCACCUCCUUUAUCCUACUUUUCCCUAGUAUCACUCUUCCUCUACCCAUCUAAUCGUUGCGAACUAACACUCCUAACGAAGACAAGUAAGUUAAUGAUAAGUCGCACGCCCGGAUGGUCCAUAUUGGACAUUAAGCCGUGUUCGUAGUAUAAUGGCUACAAAUUAUAAAUUAUUGUAUUCCUCGAGUCUCUAGGUUUAUUAGUACUAAAUUUCAGAAUAUUAUCUAUCCAAAUUGAGUUACAAAUUCAAUUACUUCUACACUACGAAAGUAACAAUGCAAUGAGUCUCUAAGGUAAGAGAAUGCAAUUUAUUGGACUCUAAAGUGAAAAGACUUACCUGGGAAUUAAUUCCCCCUAUUUUUGAAUCAAAUGACAAAUGGUGCAAGUGUGCAACCCUAGACUUUUCAUAUUUACUCAGAUAAUGCGGGGAAUCCUUUAUUAACCUUGGAUCAACACUAAUGCAUUCGUGAACUUCUUGAAAGUUAGUCAAGAGAUACCGUUCUUCAAUCAAAGUAACCAAACAAGGUUUUAAGACCUAGAUUCCCACUAGAGGGCUUACACCCAAUACAUAAGGAAUCAAAUAACACAUUUUCAUGCAAUUACUCAAUGCCUUUCAAUAUAUGUGUGUUCCUCAAUCAACCCAAUUCAAUUUCUCUACUAUGUCAAAACACAAUCUACCAAACUUGGGCAAAGAUUAGGAAACUCAAUAAAAUAUAGAUUUGAUAUAGAAAUAUAAGCAAUAUCAGUAUAGGUUCGCAAGCAAUCAAUCAGCCAACUACAUUUAGCUAGAGUUCCAUAAACACAAGUGAAGGGAAAGGCUUAGAUCAUAGGGAAAGAGAGCUUAUAAACAAAGAAAGAAAGAUGAACAUUGUUUCUUGGAUCUUCACUCCUCUUCAAUCUUCACUCCUUUUCUUGAUUCUUGAGCUUACAAUAGAUGAAUUUGGUGUAA